UCAACAAAAGUACAUAAUAUUUUCCCAUUUUUCACGUCUUCGAUUAAUAUUCAAAUCAAAGUCUAAGUAAAUAUCUUUCUAGGAGACAGCUUUCAAAAUAUUUGCAGAAAAUUUAAUUUGACGUUUAUUUUCGCGGUAUAUUAUAGCUCCUCUAUAUCUCAUAAAUCGUAAACUUAUGAAGAUUUGUUGACGUCUACAAUGUACAUCGUAAACUAAAACAACAAAUAUAGUAAUGCACCAUUUCACUAGCUAAAUUACAUAGUAAAUUUCGAUAAGGUAAAUCAUCAUGAGCUCAGAUCUCUGCGGUGAAGAUGUAGUUGUACGCUUAUCAUCCUCCCCACAAAAUAUUGUCUCAAGCCUAGUGCCGGUAGGAAGCGAUGCAGCAGUGGCGAGCAGCGGGCGGGGGUCGGCGGGGACGAGCGGGGGGGUGGAGCUGGGGCGCAAGCUGCUGCUGGCGGCGCGCGCGGGCGACACCAACGCUGUGCUCGAGCUGAUGGCCAAGGGGUCCCCCUUCACUACUGACUGGCUAGGCACGUCUCCCCUACACCUCGCAGCAGCCAACAACCACGUGGAAACGUGCGCCGUGCUGCUCCGAGCGGGCGUGAGCCGCGACUCGCGCACGAAGGUGGAGCGCACGCCGCUGCACCUGGCCGCCACCGCGGGCCACGCGGACGUGGUGGAGCUCCUGCUGGAGUACGGCGCGGCGGUGGACUGCCGCGACAUGCUGCUCAUGACGCCGCUGCACUGGGCGGCGGCGCGGGGGCACCUGCGCGUGGCGCGCUGCCUGCUGCGCCGCGGCGCCGACCAGCGCGCGCGCUGCAAGUUCCGCAAGACGCCGAGGUGUCUCGCCUUGCGCGCCAAUAGACCCGACUUAGUCGCCUUGUUUGACGAGGAAGAGACCACUGCUGUCUCACAAAAACUAUUCGAAGAGCGGCCGAAACCUCAAAAUUUAUUUAGAAGAAUACAAACAAAAGUGAUGGUUCAGAGAGAGAAAAAGAUUAUAAUCGAGUCAAAAACAGAGCCAAUCCCCGCGAGUGCGAACGUAAUCCGUGCUGCGAGUAUCAGCGGGGCUGUAACGGGAACGAGUGGGUCGGCCACGACUGGGACUCCCACGGGUGGGGCUCCCGCGGAUGGGAGUGGCACGGCUACGGGAACGAACGCGGCAAAUGCUGGCGCAGCAUUGCUCCGGGCGCAUGGCAUAACCUUGCUGCCAACGGAUCGGGGCUCCACCGUCCUCACAGCGUUGCGGAGUGGACGCACUGUAGUGCUCUCUGAUGCCGGCAAACUAAUGCUAAAAGAAAGCAGCGCCGUCACAAACGACCCCCAACACGUAACGAACAGUACUAACACUACACACGCAGUGACGAAUGCUAACAUCAUCCAAGUGAAUAACACCAACCUUAGUGCAAGUGCCAACACCGGUGUGGACAGCGACUUUAGUGUGAACAGUGCAGAUAGUGCGGGUGUGAGCAUAGUGCAGGGCUUCAGCAAGAGAGCGAGAGUGAAGCCUGCGAAGUACGGGAAGGAGGUCAAACUGGUGACCUUGAACAAAAACCAGCCAUUGAAAAGAAUUAUUCAUCCGAAUGAUUUACAGCAAUUGAAAGUGAUGCGAGUGCCAGCGGCUAGUAAGUCGUCAGCACAAUCUCCCGGCAAGCUGCGUCCCGCGCUGAAGAUAGUGCUGGACAAGGCGCACCUGCAGCGCCUGCUGGCCAACACCAGGGCUGCGGCACCCGCCGCCGCUGCGCAGGCAAGCACACCAAAUUACGCGGUAAACGAAAUUAUACAAGACGUAGACGACUCGGCCACCAUCGACAUAACGAUGGAGGACGAGGCGCAGGAGACGCAGGGCGGCUCGCUGCGCGCGCAGCUGGCGGCGGCGCGCGCGGCCAUCGCGUCGCUCAGCGCGGAGCUGCGCGCCUGUCGCGCGCGGCUCGCGCACUACGAGGGCGGCCACGACCAGUGAUCACAUGUUCCGUUCAUCACCAUACUUCUCCACAAUCGUUGAAGAUGGUAACUUGUACCUCGUUAGAGACGAUAAUAUUGUCGUCAAAGCACUGUUUACACGUACACGCGUGCUUUUCAGUGCCCGACUACAGAGCGGGUGCGUGGUGGUUACAUACUGUGUAUAGUCGACGAGGCGCAGGAGCUGCCAGGGUUGCAGGAACAAGAGGAGUCCGGUUCUGAAGCUGUGAGCGUACUUUGACUUUGCUCAGUCUUAAGACACUUAAAACGAGACAGCGCUAUAUUUCUUGCAGAGAUCUGUCUGUUUUAAC